AUGGGCGGUUGGAACUAUGGAUGGCGUUCCGCGAAGCCUCUCAUCAUCACCACCAUCAGCAUUGCAUUGUUCGCUGAAACCUUUCUGUAUAGCUUCAUUAUCCCUAUGCUAAGCUACAUGCUGGAAGUUCGUCUAAAUGUUGACCCGUCCGAAACGCAGUGGUAUACCAACGCCCUGCUUACUCUCCACGGUCUGGUCGCUCUCAUGGCGGCACCGCCAAUUGCCCAUUUUACCGACAAGACCCCCAAUCGCAAGGGGCCCUUCCUGAUUGCCCUCGCAGCAUCUCUAGCCGGGACAUAUUUGAUUGCAAUCGCGUCAUCCGUUUGGGUGCUCUAUCUCGGUCGCGUGAUCCAGGGGGUCGGUGGAUCAGCCUCCUGGAUUGUGGGCUAUGCCACUUUAGCAGAUAACAUCGGACCAGAAGACAUGGGGAAGGCGAUGGGGCUAGUCAUGUCCUUUUCGCUUUUGGGCAUCGUUGCCGGACCGACGGUCGGCGGAACCCUCCUCCAGCUCCUUGGAUACUGGACCGCCUGGACUGCUCCCCUAGCAGUUCUUGUCCUCAAUAUUAUCGUCCGCCUUGUCAUGCUGGAGAGGCGAGAUAGCCUCCCCUCUGUUCCUGAUCCCCGCACGGUAGCCUCAUACUCGUCAGAUGUUUCUCAAGGAGCCGUGGAGCGACAAAGCCAAAGCCAGGAUGAGGCAUCUACAUUGCUUUUAUCAUCAUCAUCACAAGGCUAUUCGUCUUUCAACGCAACACCUCCCAAGGCUAAUCCAUCAGAUGCCCCCGAGCAGCGCCCAGGGUUUUAUGGCCUCAUGUUCAGAGAACCGAGGUUCCUUACAGGAGCAGCCAACCUCCUUCUAUAUAAUAUUAUCACAGCUGGUUUUAACACGACAUUGCCUCUCCACCUGCGUGGUAUCUUCCAUUGGAGAAGCAUGACGACGGGACUGAUCUUUCUUGGGCUACAGCUCCCUCAAGUAAUCCUCGGUCCACUCAUCGGAUGUCUCCGCGACCUUCUAGGGUAUCGGUAUCUAACUACAGUCGGCUGGGUCCUCUUGGCUCCAUUACUCUGGCUGCUCGGGGUCCCUGGCUCUGAUACUUUCUCCUGGAGCCGCCCCGAAACCCAUGGCAAAGCCUCCUUUUUUACAUGUAUAACUGGCAUCGGUGUUAUGCUUAGCCUGGUCCGCGGCGGGGGAGCUUUGCAGAUGACUAGGGUUAUGUACGAACUACAGUCUAAGGAUCCGACGGUCUUCGGUGAUUAUGGCGCGAGCUCCCGUCUGUUCUCUUUGAUAGAGAUAUUCUUCAACCUAGGAUUGGCACUAGGCCCUCUGCUAUCUGGACUUUUAGUCGAGGCGUUCAGCUUCUACUACACGUGGGGCUUGUUUGGUUAG